AUGGCGGAAACAUACCAGUCUAGCAUUGUCCACGAUUCCAAUAGUGCCACGAAGAAUAUUCACAACGUCUACAGCAGAGUCGAUCACUCCUUUGCCAUUAAAGAAAGCUCCCAAGGGAAAUCCCUCGUCUCAUCAUGGCUUCCAACCGUCGACAGAACUCUCUCCUCGCUCCUCCGCUGGACGGGUUGCUACUCAGAUAAGUUGCAGGAGUACUACCUCAACUUUGCGCGUGAGGUCGUGGUCCCUCGCCUCAACCCGCCGCGCGCGGCCGACUGGCCUCAUUAUAUUGGGACGCACGAUCAUGCGCCUUACGAGCUCAGCAUCGCCUUUGCACCUCAUAAGAAGGCCAAAGUGCGGUUUUCAGUGCAGCCACUGGCGAAUAGCUCUGCGGGCAACGACCCCCUAGGGCAGGUGGAUCUACGCAAGAAGCUCGAGGGUCUGGCAGACGCAUGCCAUGCAGACCGCAAGCGUGUGGAUACCUUUAUCGACGCAGUCUUCCUGACUGAUGACGAGCAGGCCAGCCUAGCUGAGAAGCACGCUAGUAGUGGUAAACCGGCUGGUGAGCUGCCGCAGCAAAAUGCUUUCGUUGCGUUCGACCUGGAACCCGUCAACGACGGUAGCCCGUCCAUCAAUAUGAAGUUGUAUCUAUUCCCGCAGUUGAAGGCUCUCGCCACAGGUCAGGACAUGAUGGAUCUCACCGAAUCCAUUCUGACAAGACUUGCCGAUGGUGAUAAGGCGCUGCUUGCGGCCUGGACAAUGCUCCGAAAGUUCCUAACGACCGACGGCAAGGAUAACCUCAUACAUUUCCUCGCAAUCGACUGCUCGGGGCCUCAAAUGAAGCCUCGCUUCAAGGUCUACGCCCACACACACAUCAACUCUCUCGCCUCAGCCCGUCACAUCGCCACCCUAGGCGGCCGCAUUCCCUCACCCAAGUUUCUGCCGUCUCUCUGGCCUUUGCUUAUGGAUAUGGAAGACGUUCCUCUGGCCGAGAGGGAGACCUUGCGAAAGCCGCUUCGGGAGCCGGAUAGCAAGUACUGCGGAAUCAACCCUACCUUUGAGCUGGUGCCAGGCAAUGAGGUCCCGAUCGUUAAGAUGUACGUGCCCGUGUGGCAAUACGCGCGCGACGAGCCCGGGAUCGUACGGCGCUACCAGCGGUUGUUAGAGUCGCAGGGGAUGGGGGACUACGAUAUGGAAGCUGCGGUUCAAAGCGUGUUUGGUGACAAGAGAGAUCCAGGUAUCCACAACAUGGCAUCAAUUGUUUCUGCUGGAGACGGAGAUGAUGCAGCGUUUACCGCCUACCUGGGACCAAAGUUUUGGGAGUAA